CUUCUAGAACUACUACUGUAACACCUCCUCAUCAGUGUCUACGACGUGACUGGAAAUCUUUCGUCCUGUUUUGGGAGCGUGAAAAUGGACAGUCCCCGAAAUGUCGUCGUGAUAAGGUCUUAUAGAAGUGGUGACGAGGCGGUGAUUCGAGAUAUUAUCACCGAGGCCACGAUGGAAACCGUUGGACCUUUCUUCUGGUCUGGGGUCUUGUCUGAGGUCUUCCCGCAGGUUGCCCUGUUAGUGAUGGCCUUUGCUUUCAUUGGGUUGGGGAUUCCCUUCAAAUUUUGCCUGGUUGGAAUUCCUGUUGCUGUCUUACUGAUUUAUUUUGGUGUAUGGUCUGCCCACUUGUUUAAGGCAAUGGAACUUCAUCAAGAUUUGAAUAACAUUUCGCAGACUUAUUUGAGUGACCCCACUUGUGGAUUUUGGGUUGCUGAAGCCUAUGAAGUUUCUGAAGCUAGUGAACUUGAUAUUACUAUCAAUAAGGCAAAAAAAAUUGAUUAUGAUUUUUUGAGAGAAAGUGAACUUGAUGCCAGAGGGGUGAACUUGAACGGCCUGAAAAAGAACAUUGUUGGAACUGUUGCUCUUACAAAGUCUUUACAUGGAGGUUUAAAAGCGUGGCUUCGUCGUAUGGCUGUGAAAAAGGCAUAUAGGCGGCGUGGGAUAGCUUCAAGGUUGGUUGACGAAGUUGUUCAAUUCUGCACUGAUAAGUGUUAUGAAGGAAUAGAACUUGUAACAACGGAAUGCCACUAUCAGGCUCGUGAAUUGUACUUCCGAAAAGGAUUUGAAGCAGAGCACACCUAUUACAAGUAUUAUCUUAAUGUUAGGCAACCAAUGUAUCAGUUCUAUUUACCUCUGAAGCCUCCCAAAGCAGAGCUAAUGGAAGUGGCAUCAUCAUGAAUGCCAACAAUGUAGAAGCAUUUGUUUAAAGAAAAGGCAUCUUGUUAUACAUUGCAGAGCUAAUGGAAGUGGCAUCGUCCUGAAUGUAAAUAAGGUAAAAUCAUUUGUUUUAAGAAAAUGUAUCUUGUUAUACACUGCUUUUUGUAUGCUAUAUUUUUGUAGUUGUCAUAGAGGAGACCUGAAUUUCCAAACAUAGCCAAAUGUCUUAGUGCUAAGUUCCAGUCAUUUGAGUAUUAUGUCAUUUCACACUUUUUUUAACUUGGUUUGUAAUUUGAUCGGAAUUUUUCCCCCUCUGUAGUUUGCUGAGUCAAUGUAAAUUUAAAUUGCAUUGUUCUUAUGAGGAUACAAACCCAUAGUUUUUAAAUUAGUAUCUUUUGCAAAAGCUGGAAACAAAGCUUUUGAAUUCUUGCCAUUCUUCAUCCUCCUCACCUGUCUUCUUUCCCUCAACCAUAGAGAGCAUAAGGAGGCACCCCAUAAGCAGUCCUCUGUAAGAAAGCUAAGAAGUCAUCUUGCACCAUCCCCUUCUUUUGGGCUUGUUGGCAAUGCCAGUAACCGUUGGCAGCGGUUGGUGAUUGUGGGCAAGACAGGUGCUUUAGUGUGUGUCUGCUGGUGAUCAACCUCCAAAUUAUGGGUGUACUCAAGACAUGAUCACGGGCGCAUGACUGGUUGCUCCUGUCAUUUGUGUUCCCAUCUAAGACGUGGAUAGUAUGUCUUGACUCAUCCAGUGAUCAUGCUUCCUCGGAAAUAUUUAGGGAAGAGUUCACUCUUAUGUUUUUCUAGCAGUGUUAGCUCUCUGUGGCUGUCAUGGCCAACUCUGCAAGUCUUUUGCUGGCUCUCCAGACCACUGUGGUAAUGGCAAUAACCCUGUAUGUCGUACCAACCUGGUCUGCCUGACUGACUCUGACCAUGCACAACCAUCCUGAUGCUAUCCUGGCUUGCAUACGGCUCAGUUACAUUGACUUGUGCACAGCCCAUUGUGGGUCAUUAGAGCCAUGGAGAGUACUGUCCUUCUGGCCAAGUCUUUGUUAUCACCAGUUUGCAGGGGUCCAUGCUUUACAGCUGCAUCCUACUCUCUGUCAAGCCAAAUCCGAAGUCUUGUUUGAUUGGUGUCAGCAAAGACAGUGAAUUGCAGUCUCUCCAACCUAUUAUAGCAUUUCAAUGGGACACACUAGUUUUCUUUUCUGCUUUGUUGGUGACAACCAAGUACCUGUGCAAUACCUGAUAUUAAGACCAGAGUUUCAAGAGCAUGUUCACUAGUGCUGGCAGCAAUAUCUAAGACACAAUCUUGUUCUGGCUUCAAGGAUUCUUCAGACAGAAGUACAACUCUUGGAAAAGAAAUCCUGAUGGCAUACCAUGUGUGAGAGCUCAGUAAGUCAGGGGCACUGCCCUACCCCUAGCGUUCAGGAGAAACUUGUAAUCUCACAGUUAAUGAGGUCAGGUGUAUGUUAAAGUCAGGAGCCUUCCUUGCUCUGCUCAGCUGCAUGAAUGGCAAGUUGACAUUUCUGGGAGGCAAGUCAGCACUUGCCGUGAUCUUGACACAAUUUGUUAUGCCUGAGGGGUAAAUUUUCAUUAAAUGAGGAGAGUUUGUAACCACAUAGGAACAAAUGUCACAAAAUUUCUAAGAUCAGGGUUGUAUAGAGGAAAAAUUCAAAUGAGGUAUUUAAUUAUAAUCCCACCUGUAAUUGCCGUGUUACUGAAGGAAAACUUUAUAAGUGCAUGGAAGUGUACAUUGAUUACCCACAACCCUGGACGAGGGAUCAUCAAAUUUGCAAACAUUAUUUCCCAGCUUCAACAACCAGUUGAACUUAAGUGAACUUUUGUGAAGAAUAACUAUUAAAAGACUUAGGGUUUAUAUGUCUAUGAAACAUGCAAAUUAGCUUAUUAUUAUUUUUUUUAAGUAUCCUUGUUUGGAAAACAAAUUGCAUGGCAGUUAGGAUGUAUAGUAUUAAGUGGUGACAUUCCUAUAGAAUAAGUCAAAAGACCAUGUAGUUGAAUACAUCUGCAGCCAACAAGUCUGAUUGCUUCAUUCUUAUGCUUGACAACCUUCCAUUAAGGAAUCCAAGGCAAUGUUGAUCUAAAGGUUUCUAGAAUAUAGUCUGUAGCUUUCAGAUUUGCUUGCCAAGGCUACAGUAAACUUCCACAAAAUAGAAUGCCUUUCAAACAGAUAAACAGCUCAUGAAUCGGUGUACCCUGAAGGGGAAGCAUUCAGAACCAAGAUGUGUUAGACCAAGGGUUUCAUUGAAGACUAAGUUAUCAAACGGCACACUGCACCAAAAUGUGGCGCAUGAAAUAACUUGAAGCAUAUUACUAAACUCAUAAAUGGCAUGAUAGAAACUGAUAUUAGCGUCAUAAAUUUAUAAUAAUGAUAUUCACAUCAUGUAUUUAGUAUUUACAAAGACUAUAAAUGAUGUAUUGAUAGUCUUUAACCCAUAAGGUUAAAGUUACAAGUGAAUAAAUAUGUAUUUAUUUAGUUAAAAGACCUAAUAAAAUGGUUUAAGAAAACUGC